AAACAAAUCUUUUUUCUUCAAGAAAUUAAAAAAGCAAAGAAGAUAAAGAGGCAAGAUUAUAUUGCAUCUCAUUUCCAACCAACAAAAACCCAGUUGAUUGAGACAUAUUUCUUCUUAACUGUAUUCCAUCGUACUAUCUAACGCAUUUAAUUUAGGCAAAGCUAAGGUUUCUUUCUUGAAACCCUUUAUAAAAACUUGUUUCUGGGUAUUAGUCUUUCAUCAGAUCUGAGUAUCACAUACAUUUUAUCAUUUAACACCUUUCUUCUUAUAGAGAAAGAUCAUUUUGCAAAAAGAAAUUCUCAUCUUGUUAUUAUUAUUAGUUUUCAUUCACAAAUCACAAAGCUUGCCUUGUGGUCUCACUUUUUGUAUUUUCUUUUUCUUACCUUCCUUUCUUGUUGGAAACAUACUCACAAAAAGAGAAAGAUUUUUGGUAUAUCAUUCUUUUUUGGGUUAAUUUAAGAGGUUAGAAAGUUUAGUUGGAACAUCAAACUCAAAAGGGUGGAAAAAGGAUGAGUGCCCCUUUUGUGAAUUGGCCAUGGGAGAACUUGGGCUCUCAUAAGUAUUUGCUAUAUGGACCAUUUGUUGCACACGUAGCACAAUUAUGGUGGACGGGAGAAGCAAUAAGAAAUACUUGGAGCUUCCAUAUUCUUUUGUUAUGUUCUCUUAGAUACCUUGUUCAUCAACUAUGGCAUACCUAUUGCAACAUGCACUUCCUAAGUCUUGAGCGUCGGAUUAACCAACAAGGGGUUGAUUUUAAGCAAGUCGACCAUGAGUGGAACUGGGAUAAUUUUAUGAUCCUCCAAGCACUUGUUGGAAGCUUAAUGUUGUAUAUGUUCCCAUCCUUCACCAAUUGGAAAUUGGUGUGGGACACAAGGGGAUUAAUUGUAGCUUUGUUACUUCACAUGGUGGUUUCAGAGCCGUUGUAUUAUGGGAUUCACAGGCUUCUCCAUACCCAACCAAAACUCUUCACGUCUUACCAUUCACUGCAUCAUUUAUCUCCUGUACCUCAGCCUUUUACAGCCGGGAAUGCAACUUUUUUAGAGCAUAUCCUAUUAUUGACUAUCAUGGCGAUUCCGAUGGUGGGAGCUGCUUUGCUUGGAUGUGGCUCAAUAAGCUUGAUUUAUAUUCACGUUUUGGCGUUUGAUUUCCUAAGAUGUUUGGGUCACUGCAAUACUGAAAUUUUCGCACAUCAAAUUUUUGAAGUUUUGCCUUUCCUUAAAUACCUUCUUUACACUCCUACAUAUCACAGCUUACACCAUACAGAGAAAGACUGUAACUUCUGUCUAUUUAUGCCUAUUUAUGAUCUACUUGGCAAUACUCUCAACGGCAAGUCUUGGGAAAUUCAGAAGCAAAUAAGUCUAAAUUCAGGGAAAAAUGUGAAGGUGCCAGAGUUUGUGUUCUUAGCACAUAUAGUUGACAUAUCAUCCGCAAUGCAUGUCCCAUUUUUGUUCCGCGCAUAUGCCUCGUAUCCCUUCUCCAUGCGGUGGUUCCUCUUGCCUGUUUGGCUACCUACAUUCUUAGUGAUGUGCGUGAUGUGGGCAUGGGCCAAGCCCUUCUCGGUGUCCUUCUACAACCUCCGCAACAAGUUGCACCAUACUUGGGUCGUCCCUAGGUUUGGUUUCCAGUAUUUCUUGCCAUUUGCAACAAAAGGGAUCAACAAGCAGAUAGAGCAAGCUAUACUUAAGGCAGAUAGAAUGGGUGUCAAGGUUCUUAGCCUAGCAGCCCUCAACAAGAAUGAGGCGCUAAAUGGUGGAGGAACAUUGUUUGUUAACAAGCAUCCUAAUCUAAGAGUACGAGUUGUUCAUGGCAAUACAUUGACUGCUGCAGUUAUUCUUAAUGAAAUCCCAGAUGAUGUCGAGGAAGUGUUCUUAACUGGGGCAACAUCGAAGCUUGGAAGAGCCAUUGCCCUUUAUCUGAGUCGUAAACAUGUGCGAGUUUUGAUGUUAACUCUGUCAACUGAGAGGUUUCAAAAAAUUCAGAAAGAAGCUCCAGUGGAUUGCCAGAAAUACUUGGUACAAGUGACCAAGUACCAAGCAGCCAAGAACUGCAAGGCAUGGAUUGUAGGAAAGUGGAUCACACCAAGAGAGCAAAGUUGGGCACCACGCGGGGCCCAUUUUCAUCAAUUUGUGGUUCCACCAAUCUUGCAUUUUAGGAGAGAUUGCACAUAUGGUGAUCUUGCUGCCAUGAAACUACCCCAAGACGUCCAGGGUCUUGGCAGUUGUGAGUACACGAUGGACAGAGGAGUUGUUCAUGCUUGUCAUGCUGGUGGAGUGGUUCAUUCUCUAGAAGGUUGGACACACCACGAGGUUGGUGCCAUUGAUGUCGAUAGAAUUGAUGUUGUGUGGAAGGCUGCUAUGAAAUACGGUUUCAAACCUGUUUAGAGUUUGGAAUAUGCUCAUGGAUCAAACUGAAUAAUCAAAAGGGGAAAAAUUGAACCCCAAAAUUUCAAUGAUCCAAGUUAUUGCAAGUUUCCAUUUCUUUUAGAAAAGCUCUUUUUUUUCAAUUUUAAUACUCUUUUAGGACUAGGUCUCAGCUUUAUAUUUAUUGUAUGUAUUUAUGUACUCUCAGAAAAAAAAAAACAGGAUGUUAGAUGACAAUACUAAAGUAUUUUAUUCAUUCAAUAUAAUUACCAAUAUUAGACACG